GCUGCUCCUUUUCGCUCUUUUUUCAACCUAAAGAACGGAAGCGGAGGUGGAAAAAGCCGCUCGCUGUCCCGCCCUCGCCCCGCCUCUACGGCGUCACCGCCGCCGGUUAUAUAACCCGGCCGCGCCGGUCCCGCCCGCACCCCGCCGGCCGCUCGCACCGGGCGCCAUGUUCGCCGUGAAACCGAAAGCCGUCAUCGGCUUCAACCUCUACUGCGGCGGCUCCCCGGCGCUGGGGCCCGGCGGGCCGGGGCAGCGCCCGGAGCCCGCGGCCGCCGCCGCCGCCGCCUCAGAGCCGCCCCGCGAGCGCUCCGGGGCCGCCGCCGGCCGCGCCGAUCCCCCCCGCGCGCUGAUUGGCCGAGGCGCGGCGCCCCGCGCGCUGAUUGGCUGCGGCGCGACUCUAUGGCGCCCCGAAGAGGAGCUGGACGGGUGCGACCCCGAGCCCGAGCGCGGCCCCGCCGCCGAUUCGCUGCCGGGGACUCCCCGGGCUCCGGACGGGCUCCGGCAGGACUCGCUGGAGCUCAUCAGCCGCUACCUCCGGGAGGUGGCGGGAGAGGCGCAGCCCAGCGCUAAGAAGCUUUUUCCGGGCCUCUUGGGUGGUCCCGGCCGGCCGGGCUCGGCGGGGGAUGCGGUGAUGGAGAAGGCGCUGGAGACGCUGCGGAGGGUCGGGGACGGCGUCAUGAGGAAACACGAGCUCGCCUUCCAAGGGAUGCUGAGGAAGCUGCAGAUCCAGCAGGAGGAGGACCUGCAGUGCGUGGUGGAGGUGGCAGCCCAGGUGUUCAGCGACGGCGUCACCAACUGGGGACGGGUGGUGACCCUCAUCGCCUUCGGGGCCUUCGUGGCCAAGCACCUGAAGAGCAUCCAGCAGGAGCAGAGCAUCAGCAGCCUGGCUGGGAUCAUCACAGACGCCCUGGUCUCCUCCAAGAGGGAGUGGCUGGAGAGCCAGGGGGGCUGGGAGGGCUUUGUGGACUUUUUCCACGUGGAGGACCUGGAGAGCAGCAUCCGGAACGUUCUGGUGGCCUUCGCGGGGGUGGCCGGCCUGUGGGCCAGCCUGGCCUACAUGAUCCGGUGAGCCUGGAGCUGCCCGGGACACAUCUGGGGAGGAUUUUGGGAGGACUUUGGCUCCCUGGGGCUGCACAGCUGCCCUGCUCCCUCUGAAGCUGGACUCGAGUGACGCCGGGAGGACGUGGAGCUGUCCCCGGGAGCCCAGCUCGUUGCUGGGGAAGAGGAAGGUGUGAUCCCAGCUGAUGGAUGGAUGGAUGGAUGGAUGGAUG